ACGACCCACCGCGAGGAGCCCGUUUGAGAUGAUGCCGCCGUGGAGACAGCUGAGGAAGCAAAGGAGCCUGCAGAGGCUGACAUCACUGAGCUCUGCCAGGACAUGUUCUCCAAAAUGGCAGCUUACCUGACUGGGGAACUGACGGCCACAAGUGAAGACUAUAAGCUUCUGGAAAAUAUGAAUAAACUAACCAGCCUAAAGUAUCUUGAAAUGAAAGAUAUUGCUAUAAACAUUAGUAGAAACUUAAAGGACUUAAAUCAGAAGUAUGCUGGACUGCAGCCUUAUCUGGAUCAGAUCAACGUAACUGAGGAGCAGGUAGCAGCUCUUGAGCAGGCAGCCUACAAGUUGGAUGCGUAUUCAAAAAAACUGGAAGCCAAAUACAAGAAGCUGGAGAAGCGAUGAAAAACUUAUUCCUGUGGGACAAAGUCUUUUUUAAUGUGGGAAGAAUGUUUUAUAAGACACAAAUCUUGAGGUUGAUGAAUUGUCAAAACUCCUCAAAAGGCAACUAUGCUGGUCGUCCCAGAAACAU